AGAGAAUAUAUUCAAAGCAUACUCACUGAUAAGGCUUUCCUUUCUUUAAUCUGUCCCCGUUAUGUGCCCUCACCCGCUUAUGUGUCUAUGAAGAGGAAAAGGCGGAGGCGAUGCUGAAGUAGCGCGGGAUGCUGUGGAGUGAAAACAUCGUGGGAGGAAGGCUCAGAGUGAACCAGCGGGUGGUGAAACACGAAUGGCUUCUCCGGAGCUGCUUCCCGCAGAUGAGAGAGGCAAACCGCUCGAUCCUGCCGACGUCCUUGACCGGGUUGCCAGCGCGCUGCAUGUCCGUAAAUCGGGCGGAUCAACAGGAGGAGCGCUCCCGGGGGAGGGCUGCUGUAACCCGGCCCGCAGCUGCCAUGGCCGGUGUCAUUCAGCACCAAGGACGGCGCCGCGCAGGGCAGGCGCAGAGGUUAAACUCGGUCACCUCGGCGAGGAGAAAGUCCGGGUUUGCUGCGACGAGGAACUAGAGACAUCUUUCACCUACAUUGAUGAGAAUGUUAACCUGCGAUUGGCCAGCCCGGAGACUAGUUGUAAAAGUACUCACAGACCUGUGCGCAACGGCGAGCCUUGCUCCGAGACUUUACCGGAGCUUUCCUUCAUGUCCGAGGAUGAUCUCUCAUUCGGAGAGGGCCCCGGGACUUCUAUAGACUACGGGUUUAUCAGUGCAGUCACGUUCUUGGUGACCGGGAUCUCCUUGGUGAUCAUCUCCUACGCCGUGCCUCGGGAUGUGGUGGUGGACCGUGACAGCGUGUCGGCGAGGGAGAUGGAGAGGCUGGAGAUGGAGAGCGCCCGCAUAGGUGCCCACCUGGAUCGAUGCGUCAUAGCGGGACUGUGCCUACUCACUCUGGGCGGCGUGGUGCUCUCCACGCUGCUGAUGAUCUCCAUGUGGAAGGGGGAGAUGUACAGGAGGAAGGUCAUCGCUUAUUCCAAGCGUUCAGCCAAACUGUAUGGAUCAAUCAGCCUGAAAACUAGAUCCAGUCCCAGCCACUCUUCUGCGCGCUUGUCCCUGGAGGAGGACAUAGAGGAGACCUUGGCUUAAAAUGCUGCUCUGUGUAUAAACCUUUUGUGUAUAACAGGAAUUAAUGCCAUUCACACACAUUCUCUAACAUAUUGUAGCCUGAAAUUGUAAAAGUCUGCAACAUUUUGUCUUAUACUGUAAAAAAAAAAAAAAAAGCUUCAAUACUUUAUUGUAUAUCCACAGAAAGGACAUGAAAAGCACUCAAAUGCUAAAAGACUAAUUACUGGGAAAUCAUUUUAGUGGUAGCAAAGUGUUCCCAAAUGAUUUAGAAAGGCACCAUACCAUAGAAGUGACUCGGAAAGAUGUUAAGAGCUUUGUGUCACAAACACUGGAUCACAUUUUUUGUACCCAGGAUGCAGCCUCUGAGAGCUUCCAUUUAUUAUUAAGGCUAUUCAUAUUUAAUGCGAAUGUCUCCAACAGAGAAACCGUGCACAGACACAUUUCAGGAAGUAAAGGGAAGUGUGUGUCCGCAGGGCAGGAGAGUGGGAGUAAGGAGCGAUGUAAAGCUGUCCCUGACCACUAUGAUGUGAGGGGAAUCAGCUCAGUGGCCCACAUGGUAAUAUCCAGUGACAGUCACUCUGGUGCAGUGCUGAGGUAAGCCAGUAAGCCCAGCUUCGUGCAUCUGAGCCAAAGCUCCACGUCGGUUUGAUUGUAGUGAGCCAUUUGACUGCAUUCGACAGUGCUGACACACUGUUCGCCCUCCUCUGCACUGGCUUGAUCCUCUCUGCUCUUCUUCUCCUCCUCCUUCCUUUACCUUCACAUCCCACAUGUGACUUUCCUUUUCUCCUGCAGUUUUUCAGCUCUUAGAACAAUGUAUAUUCACGCUUAGAGCGCGUGGAAAGGGUCCUUGACGACCACAGCCAAGUGCCUGUGACAUUUUAAGGUUGAUGAGCCUUUCCUUACCUUUCAAACUCUCUUCCUCUCUACGUGAGGACGGACUUAAGAACGCCUAAUCACACAUGAAAGAGUUGCCCUACUUCCAAAACCUUAAGCCUUCACUACUUCAAAGAGCUAAUUACAUUUCCAAAGUGAGGUAUCAUUCUUUGUAAAAGGUUAUAUUUGAUGUUAUCAUGGUGAUUUGCAGACUAAAUUAUUGCUGAUGGCACAAAAUGCUUAGGAAAAGAGAUUUAUCAUAUGCAGACUUGCUAAAAAUGUUAAUGCCCCAGUGUCCACGCAAGUCAGAAACCAACUUUGUGUUCUUGGAGGAGGAAGAUUUUAUUUUCUGUCUUUAAGUCCAUGUGAAAGCUAUACCUUCUCUUCUCCCUGGCGGUUAUUAUUGCUGUCUCAAGAGGCAAAAAUAAUAAAAAAAAUUCC